AUGGAUGUCGUAACAGCACAGCGCUUGGUGACGGGAACUGAGGAUAACCUGAGAAAGUGUGCCCGAGACUUUAAGGGUGUGAAGAGGGCAGCAGACGACUUUGUUGAGUGGGCCAAUGGCAUUCUGAAGGAGCAGCAGGACUGUGAUGCUGAAGCUCAGACUGCUCUCCCAGAGAAGAGAACGAAAAAAAAUAAGAGAAAGCCAGGUGAGUUGGCAGAAGAUGAGCCCAUUGCUGAUGCAGACAUGGAUUACAAAAUCAAGAUCCACAAUGAGUACAACACCAGGGCCUCUGCCGCCAGUGAUGAAUCAGGGGAAGGCUUUGAGGAUCUUGAUGAAAGUGUGGAGUUGGGUUCAGCCGAUUCCUACACCAGUAGACCCUCGGACUCCGACGUGUCUGUGGAGGAGGACCAGGAGGCGGGUCGGCGUGAGGCCGAACGCCAGGCCCAGCUGCAGCUAGAGAGAGCCAAGACUAAACCAGUGGCAUUUGCAGUGAAAACCAAUGUAGGCUACUGCGGGGCACUGGAUGAAGAAUGUCCCGUUCAGGGGUUAGCAGUCAACUUCGAAACCAAAGACUUUCUGCACAUUAAAGAGAAAUUUAACAAUGACUGGUGGAUCGGAAGGUUAGUGAAGGAGGGGGCUGAUGUUGCCUUCAUCCCCAGCCCCCUCCGACUGGAAGCCAUAAGGCUGAAGCAGGAGCAGAAACAGCAGAGGAAAGUGGGAGGCAACACAUCUUCAAGUCUGGGUUCUGGAGGAAGGAGGGGGGCUCCCGCCUCUGCAGCCAAACAGAAGCAGAAGCAGACUGAACAUGUUCCGCCAUAUGAUGUGGUUCCCUCCAUGAGGCCUGUGGUGCUAGUUGGUCCUUCCCUCAAAGGCUACGAGGUGACAGAUAUGAUGCAGAAAGCACUCUUUGACUUCCUGAAGCACAGAUUUGAAGGGCGAAUUUCCAUCACACGGGUGACAGCUGAUCUCUCUCUGGCUAAAAGAUCUGUUCUGAACAAGAGAGCCAUCCUGGAGAGGUCCAACACACGAUCCAGUCUAGUGGAGGUCCAGAGUGAGAUUGAGAGGAUAUUUGAGCUGGCCAAGACCUUGCAGCUGGUGGUCCUGGAUGCAGACACAAUUAACCACCCUGCACAACUCUCUAAGACCUCACUAGCUCCCAUAAUCAUCUAUGUCAAAGUUUCCUCACCUAAGGUCCUGCAGCGGCUGAUAAAAUCUCGAGGGAAGUCUCAGAGCAAACACCUGAAUGUUCAGAUGAUGGCGGGAGACAAGCUGGCACAGUGUCCCCCUGAUAUGUUUGACGUCAUUCUGGAUGAAAACCAGCUGGAAGAUGCUUGUGAACACCUGGCUGAAUACUUGGAAAUCUACUGGCGUGCCACUCACCUCCCUGGCUCCGCCUCUGUUAUCCCUCUGUUGGAGCCAAAUCCGAUUACCCCACCCUCAGGCAACUCCAGCCUCCAGUUCUCUGAGACACAGGAGUUAAUUGAAUGA